AUGUCCUUCCCCUGGUCGUACUCCAUUCUUGGCCUUGUUCCUGGCCUGAUCCUCACUGUCACUGUCGCCCUGGUAGUCCUAUACACAUCCCUGACAAUAUGGCGUCUCUGUCUACGGUAUCCUGAGCUCCGAGACAUCUGCGACAUUGGUCAAUUAUUAUUCUGGGACUCUAAGUGGGCUUGGUAUGCGACAGCAUUUUUGUUCUUGUUGAAUAAUACUUUCAUCCAGGGGCUGCAUUGUUUGGUGGGAGCUGAAUAUCUCAAUACCAUGUCAAACCACGCAAUUUGCACCAUUGCAUUCUCAUUUAUCACUGCAAUGAUCUCUUUCAUGGGUUCUUUACCUCGAACAUUCCGUGCCUUGGCUCAUUUGGGAACUUUCUCCGCCUUUUUCACCUUCAUCUCGAUUGUACUUGUGGUUAUCUUUUCAAAAAUUGAAGACCAUCCAUACGGUUGGUCCGAUAAAAGCGGAGAUCCAAUAGUGCUUGCUGUUCCUGCUGAGGGCACAACAUUUGUCACUGGGCUGAGCGCAUUUUUGAAUAUAAGUUUCACCUUCAUUGGCCAAAUAACCUUACCUAGUCUUAUUGCGGAGAUGGCAGAGCCACGAGAUUUUUGGAAAUCCGUUACCGUUGUGACAACUGCAGAGAUUAUUCUGUUCACUAUUGUAGGCGCAGUCGUCUACGCUUUCAUCGGAGGGCAAUAUAUCAGCUCUAUGGCCAUUGCUUCACUUGGAAAUGAGCUCUACAUGAAGAUAUCAUUUUCCUUCAUGGUGCCAACACUAAUCUUUCUAGGGAUUCUUUAUGCUUCAGUAUCGGCCCGUUUUAUCUUCUUUCAUUUAUUUUCAGCGACUCGCCACGUGGGCAACCAUACCAUAGCUGGUUGGGCAUCGUGGGCUGGAAUCUUGUUCGUUCUCUGGAUUUUGGCUUGGGUCAUCGCAGAGGUGAUUCCGUUCUUCUCUGACCUUUUAUCAAUCAUGGGUGCCGUGUUUGGUUCCUUCUUCGGUUUCAUUUUCUGGGGAAUGGCCAAUCUACAUAUGCGCAAAGUCGACCACGGCUCGAUUAUCUACAACAAGAUGGGAUUGCUUGGCUGGAUAGAUCUGCUUUUCAACAUCGCUAUUAUCAUCAUUGGACUGUUCUUUCUAGGUCCAGGAACAUAUGUCUCCGUCGCGUCUGUCCUCGAGAGCUAUUGGGGUGGUACUGUGGGUAGUGCUUUUAUUUGCGCCAGUAAUGGACUCAGGUCUUGA